ACACUGUCACAUAGGUGGUUUGGUGCCUCGCGUCGCACGACCAGAGUGCAAAGGCGGAUAGUGAAACGCGACUGGGUGCUGCAGGGCUUAUUUGCGACAGAGUGACGAAGCUGCGGUCGUGGCGUGAAAAAUUGUCGGGAAGGUGCACCUCGAGGGGACUUGCACUAUAUAGAAUAAGCUCUGUAUCGGGACACCGAAGGUCCGCUUCGAGAAUGCGUGGUGUGCGAGCACUAUUACAUCCGCGUCUGCGACGUGCUGCUUCAAGCAGUUCAUGUAAGCGGGACGCUCUGGGAUUUUCGGACUACAGCAUGGCGUACCAACACAAGAGCCUGUGGGAGCUGGUGCGAGCUCUGGGCGUGCUCAAGGUGUGCUCGUACGACUGGCUGGUGGACAAUAGCCAAUGGCUCCUGACCAUGGGUGAGCGGGUUCUGGGCCGCCAUCUCCUGGGUGCCUUGGUGGGCCCCACUUUCUACCGGCAGUUCGUGGGCGGAGCCACACCGCAGGAGAUGCACACCUGCGUGGAUAGACUGGCCGCUGCUCGAGUGCGCACCAUGGUGGCCUGCUCUCUCGAAGAGGAGGAAGACGGCGCUACGAGGAGAGGGGCUGCUUCGGCAUCGCUGAGGCGCAUGGAGAUGUACAGGCGCAACGGUGAGAAAGUCCUAUCGUGCCUACGCAUGACGUCGCAGUUGCACUCGGAGUCACCCAUGAUGCAGGUCAAGAUGAGUGGACUGCUGCCACCCAAAUUAUUGGUGCACCUGACACACAUCUUCGAUUCUGCGGAGAAACCAGAGCUUAUCGUCGGUUGCCUCGGAGACGCGAUUCGCAGUGAAAGUUACAGGGAAUACUCCGAUUUACGGCUGGAGAGCAGUGAUCAGAACUUCGUCAAGCUGGCCCUGAGGAAACUUCGCAGCGUGUGCCAGAUGGCAAAGGAAGCCGGAAUUACAAUCCUGGUGGACGCGGAGUACUCGAACAUGAACGGGGGCAUCGAACUUCUGGGUCUCACUCUGAUGGCCGCCUUCAACGAGCGCACGCCGCUCGUGUGGAACACGUACCAGUGCUACCUAACGGACGCACCCGACAAGGUGUCACGACACCUGCGCCUGGCGGAUCGCAUGGGCUGCUCGUUCGGCGUUAAGCUGGUGCGUGGGGCCUACAUGGACGGCGAGCGCAGAAAGGCCAGGGAGCACGGCGAUCCCGACAAUGUCUGCACCAGCUAUCAAAAAACGAACGAGAACUACGACAGGGUGCUGUGCGACCUUCUCGAACACAUCUAUCGGUCUGAGAAGGAGUGCCGUCUGGUGGUAGCGACGCACAAUGAGCACAGUAUACGCACUGCAACCACACGCAUGCAGGAGCUGGGCCUGGCUGUCAACGACAAAAGGAUCAGCUUUGCACAGCUACUGGGAAUGUACGACCACAUCACUUUCCCGCUAGCCGCCCGGGGGUACAACGUGUACAAAUCCAUCCCGUACGGCCCACUGACGGAUCUGCUGCUGUACUUGGCGCGACGGGCCAGCGAGAACCGGUCCGUGCUGAGCAGCCCAGUCGUCGAGAGACGCAUGCUGGCCUCUGAGAUACGCCGCCGACUCACGGCGACCUGGAAGAGGCGCCUGGAACCGGCACACGACUGACUCGGUCGCGCGUUGUAUACGGGAUGUCACACGACACGUGUCGAGAGAGAUACGAUGUCAGCGCGUUGCCCUCGACCACGAAAACGAGAACUCUCGGCUUACACAGCGCGACGCGUGAUAAUUUCCAACUGCUCCGAGUGGUGGGAUCAGUGCCGUGCUGUCUCUUCCUGCUGCUGCUAUCUCUUCCUGCUCAAAAUGAGGAUAAACUGUGCUUGUUGGCGAUUACAAAAUGAGCCAUAGUAUCAGGGAAAGAUGUAAGCGUGACGAGGUUAUCACUUGUACAACAGGCGGCGUCAAUGCUCAAGAAUAGUGCAUCUCUUUGUUAGAAUGAGCAUCAUUCUUUAUUUGGCUGCAGGUUUGAAAAAUUCCUCGAUCCUUCGUGCCUCUCCUCUAAUUCUCUUAAAGUGUCACUAAAGAGGUAAACUAUC